AUGACUCAUUCUCUCUCUCUCUCUAUCUAUCUCUCUCUCUCUCUAACCCAUUUAUUUCCCUUAUCCGUUCAAUUAUUCAUUUCUUUCUUUCUUUCUUUCUUUCUUUCUUUCUUUCUUUCUUUCUUUCCAUUAUUAAUUUUUCUUUCACCCACUCCCUUUAUUUCUCUUAACACUUCGCAACUUGCUUCCUUCAUUGCUUUCCUUUUUUUUCUUUCUCUAUUUCUCUCUCUCUUUCUUUCUUUCUUUCUUUUUUCUUUCUUUCUUUCUUCCAAGCCCUUCAUUUCUUUCAUUACAUUUAUUAUUCUCCUCAUCUCCUUCUUUAAUGCCUUCUAUUUCGCAAAUUCCUUCCUUCAUUUCUUUCUUUCUUUCUUUCUUUCUUUUUCUUACUUUCUUUCUUUCUUUUUCUUUCAUUCUUUUUUCUUUCUUUCAUUCUUUCUUUUUCCUUUCUUUCUUUCUUUCUGUUUUCUUUCUUUUUCUUUCUUUCUCUUUCUUGCUUUCAUUCUUUCUUUUUCUUUCUUUCUCUUUCUUGCUUUCAUUUUUUCUUUCUCUUUUCUUCCUUUCUUUUUUUCUUACUUUUUUCUUUCUUUCUUUCUUUCUUUUUUCAGAAUAGCAGGUGCUGAACUCAUUUGUAUUUUCUGA